AUGAUAAGAACAGCUAUGGUGAGAGAGAAGGAAGACCACAAAACUCACCUAUAUCGAGUCGCAUCCUCAAAUCUACCCGUCGUACCUCGAAAGUCUUGGGAAUAUUAUGUCGCAAUCUUACAACCGGGAAUCGCUUUGGAGAAAUGUGAACAUGGAGAUUUUUUGUGGAUUAAGGUCAAGGGGACAGUCACGAUCGAAAAAAUCCUGACAUUACACUUUAAGAGAACCGGCCGAAAUUCUAUUCUCAUGGAUGGCGACAUCGGGUUGUCCAUUGAUACCAAAAUCGAGGAUAUAAAAUGCUUAGGACUUGGCGUUUAUGCAUUUUGGGAGAUUGUCAAGGUUGAGAAAUGGUGGGAGUAUACAGUUUCAUCGACAUCGACAUAUGCUGACGAAAGGAUGAGGUCGACGAAGGAAGAGAAACAUGGGAGAUUGUUGGAAAAUACGGUUCGUUCAGCUAUGACAUCUGAGGAGAAGGGUUUGAUUAAUUCCAGUGAACUCUUUCAGGAUACAUCGAUCCAACAUCAUUCGAUUGACAAGAAAGAGGAGUCCGGAGGCUUAUUAAAGUUGACAGUUGCUUCCACAAUGACGGCAUAUGAAGAAAUGGGGGGGGUUAAGUUCAAACGCAAGACCAAGUCACCGCUGAGUGAAAAGAAAGAAGAAAAACCUUGGAGUUGGGAAACUACAAUGCCAUCAAUCAUAGAUAAUACGGUAGGAGCAAGAGGAAAACAAACUCUCAGUGGAAUUUCAAAGAACAAGUCAAGCAUGGCACCCUCAGUUACAAUGAAAGAAGAGAAGUCCAAGGAGCGAUCAGGAGGUACAUCAACCAACAAAACAUCUUAUGUUAUUAAAGCAGGACAGAAACGGAAAAUUGGAAAAACGACAAAAGAAGAGAUGUUGAAAAGAGAGUUAGCUCAAGAGGAUAGGGCCGAAGUUAUCAAACGUAGGAGAAUGGAGUUGGAAUCGGAAGAUGCUACCAAAAAUAUCAUCAAGCAAAUGAAAAUGGAGUUGGACGAAAAACUGGAUCUUAUGAAGUCGAAAAACGAUCAGGCAUCAGCGAUCAAGUUGCUAAAACCUUUUGCUGAAGACACAAAAUUGGGUUUAAAACGACACGACGAUUAUGUCGCCAAACAGCGAAAAAACAUGGAGGCAAAUUCCCAAAGACUCGGUAAAUCACAAUUUAAAGACAUUCUCGAACGAUUCGAGAUUUCGUGGGAACGACAAAGGCAAGAUAUUAUCAAUAGAGAUCCACAGUUCAAACUGCGUGUUGCGGCUGAACCUCAGAAGUCAACAGGAAAGAUUACUUCAAAGUUUCAAGACCAUGAUUCCUUUGAAUCCAUUCUCAAAGAGCGAGAAAUUCAUCUUGACCUUGAAGCUAUCCAGAGACAACUCGACAUCGCGAAACGCGAAUACUCUCAAUCAAAAUUUACUCUUCGCUAUUCUGGCAAUACCGUUCGGUUGGAAUGCGCAUACUGUCCCAAUAUCAAUAUCCAAAUGGGACUGAAAGACUCUCGCAAUGUUGCUGGUAUAGUGAAAAGACAUCAAACAUCAAAGUAUCAUACGGAUAACAGAUACCAUGAAGCUCAAAGGAAAUGUACAGUCAGAAAAUAA